UGAGAAGCUAUAAGAAAGGGUUCGAUUGCUCUCUCUAUAUCUGAGGUUCAGUGUUCGUCUGGAAGAGACCUGGAAAAGGUGGAAACCGUUUCUGGAAGAACAUUGGUUUGGGUUCGGGUUCGUGUUCGUGUUCGUCUCUAAUCCCUAAAGGAGAUUUGUUUGAUUGGUUUAGUUUUGGCUUUAUCUUCGAGCUUAUUCAUUGGUGCUAGUUUCAUUGUUAAGAAGAAACGUCUCUAGAGAGCUGGUGCUUCUGGUCUCUAGUUAAUAAAGAAGCAACAGAUUAACAUUAAACCGGAGGGUGAAUUAAUUUCUUAAGAAUCUUAAACCAAACCGGAAUCAAAUUGGCAUUUUUAAGUUGUGAUAGGGCUCAGACGAUCGGAGACGGCGAAUCAACGCUGCAGAGAGAGUGAUGGAAGAGCCUCCGAGCUUUACUGUAAGUCAGCGCGAGCAAUUUCUGGUGGAGAACGAUGUGUUUGGGAUCUAUAAUUACUUCGACGCCAGCGACAUUUUUACUCAGAAAUACCUGUUGGAGAUUCAGCGAGAUAAGCAAUUGGAUUAUCUGAUGAAAGGCUUAAGGCAGCUAGGUCCGCAGUUUUCGUCCUUAGAUGCUAAUCGACCGUGGCUUUGUUACUGGAUUCUUCAUUCAAUUGCUUUGCUUGGGGAGUCUGUGGAUGAUGAAUUAGAAAACAAUGCCAUCGACUUCCUUGGACGCUGCCAGGGCUCGGAUGGUGGAUAUGGUGGUGGUCCUGGUCAACUUCCACAUCUUGCAACAACUUAUGCUGCAGUGAAUGCACUUGUUACUUUAGGCGGUCACAAAGCCCUUUCUUCAAUUAAUAGAGAAAAAAUGUCUUGUUUUUUAAGACGGAUGAAGGAUACAAGUGGUGGUUUCAGGAUGCAUGAUAUGGGAGAAAUGGAUGUUCGAGCUUGCUACACUGCAAUUUCGAUUGCAAGCAUCCUAAACAUUUUGGAUGAUGAACUCACCCAGGGCCUAGGAGUUUACAUCUUGAGUUGCCAAACUUAUGAAGGUGGCAUUGGAGGGGAACCUGGCUCCGAAGCUCACGGUGGGUACACCUACUGUGGGUUGGCUGCUAUGAUUUUAAUCAAUGAGGUCAACCGUUUGAAUUUGGAUUCAUUAAUGAAUUGGGCUGUACAUCGACAGGGAGUAGAAAUGGGAUUUCAAGGUAGAACGAACAAAUUAGUCGAUGGUUGCUACACAUUUUGGCAGGCAGCCCCUUGUGUUCUACUACAAAGAUUAUAUUCAACCAAUGAUCAUGAAGUUCAUGGAUCAUCACAUAUAUCACAAGCGACAGAUAAAGAUCAUGAAGAACAUCAUGCUCAUGAUGAAGAUGACCUUGAAGACAGUGAUGAUGAUGAUUCUGAUGAGGACAAUGAUGAAGAUUCAGCGAAUGGUCACAGAAUUCAUCAUACAUCCACCUACAUUAACAGAAGAAUGCAACCGGUUUUUGAUAGCCUCGGCUUGCAGAGAUAUGUACUCUUGUGCUCUAAGAUCCCUGACGGUGGAUUCAGAGACAAGCCGAGGAAACCUCGCGACUUCUACCACACAUGUUACUGCCUGAGCGGUUUGUCUGUGGCUCAGCACGCUUGGUUAAAAGAUGAGGACACUCCUCCUUUGACUCGCGACAUUUUGGGUAGCUACCCGAAUCUCCUUGAACCUGUUCACCUCCUCCACAACAUUGUCAUGGAUCAGUACAAUGAAGCUAUCGAGUUCUUCUUUAGAGCAGCAUGACCCGUUCUUGCUAAUGUAUGGAAAACUCCUAACAUAAGAGUUUUCGUAGUGUUGUAACUUGUAAGAAUACUACAGAAGCUUCACUAAUUUAACCUUCAAACAAAACCUAUUGUUUUUUUUUUUUUAUAAUGCGUGUUUACUAUUUGUCA